AUGUCGAGGGACGAGCCGUUUCACAGUCUUUUCACAGCGACGGACAGUAUCGACGGUAUCUGGCCCUUCCUGCAAAGCAUCGAUUGGAGGGAUCCAUGGCUAGCUGCACUAUUGACUUUUCAUAUUGCCGUCACAAUGACCGCGUUAAUGACAAGGAACCAUGCGAAUUUUCAAAUGAUCCUGUUUCUCGUGCUCUUACUCCUGGUUUAUUUCUCAGAAAGUAUUAACGAGGUUGCGGCAACAAACUGGAUGGUAUUUUCUAGACAGCAGUACUUCGACUCACAAGGCUGGUUUAUAUCCAUCGUUUUCUCCGUGCCCAUUUUAAUGAACUGCAUGAUCAUGGUGGCCAGUUGGCUUUAUCAAUCCAGUCAAUUAAUGACGAGCCUGAAGCGAGCUCAGUUGCGGCAGCAAGCCAAAAAUCGCCAGACGAACGGUGAGGCGACAAAUGAAAGAACGGUUGCUCGACCUCGCCAAUCGGAUGGCGAGGCGACAAAUGUGAGAACAACUGCCCGACCUCGCCAGUCAGACGGCGAGGCAACGAACGAGGUAACGGCUGCCCGACUGAAACACGAGUGAAGAUCCGAAGAUCUAGUCAUAACACGCGGCGAAACGAGAGUGCAAGACAUACGUGCUAUUUAAUUUAAGGACAAGAGAGAAUCGCUAAGAUUAUAUUUACGUCGACUUACAGCUAGAUUUCACAAAGCGCUGUGUAUUCUUAGCCAUCGUCGACUCGGUAAUCGUUCUGAACUCGACCGUGAAACGCCGAUUAGCCAGUUUGAUAUUACACGCGAAAACUUGCGCAACAGAAAAGGGAGGGGGAAAAUACAUAGAACAAUACAUCGGUGCAAUCAGAACGAUAAUGCACGUCGGAGUUGCCUAGUCAAAGUCUCCGUUAGAACAUACCUCCCGACAUCGUGCCGUAUUACACACAACGAUUUUAUGGAAUUAAACCAUUUGAUGCGCGAAACGCAACUGGAUUGAUGACAGAUAAUCGGCCGUGCUACGAACAAUAACUACGCAGAAGGAGCACGGCAAUGUGGCAAGCCACGUGUUUGUUCUUGUCUUAUCAUUUAAAGCCGACUUCGAUCAAACAGUAAUCAUAGCUAUUAUUUUUUAGCAACUAUAAUUAGUUGUUAAAAAAUGAUAAGAAAUUAUAUUAUUACUUAUAAUCAGCAACUAAUUGCCUAUCAGAAAAAUGUCCAACUGUUAUUAUGCAAUUAGCGUAGCGUCUGUGAUCUUUAAUUUUUCUUUCUACGUGCAGCGGAAAUGAAAAAAAAAUUAAUGAUUUUGCUUAUGCUAAUGCUAAAUUGCAGAUAUUAUAUAAUAUAUUCGUCAUAAUACCAUCGGAGGCAAUUGAUCGGAGAUUGAUCGAGGUCGCCCAUAAAGAACAUUCCACUAGUUUAUUCACAUUGUUUUGAUAUUUAGACACUGAUCGUGAAAAUCAAAGUGUUCUUAAUAUGUGUAAUUAACGUACUUAUUACAUAAAAUAGCGCAAGCACGUCACUUUUAUUGUAAUAGAUCCGCUGUAAAGAGACAUAACGCAUUAAUUAAGAACCCAGAUAACACAAUAACAAAUGCGUGAGUGUGUGUGUGUGUGUGUGUGUGUGUGUAUGUAUGCAGGAGGGAAUUUUGCGUGAAUUUUGCAAGUGCAGGUAACAGCCUUCCACGAGUCGUGCUUCACGAUUUUGACGAAGGAACAUAGGACGUACCAAGGUAUGGCGUGUUGUGUUGUUUUUAAUUGUAUAUUGUAUAUUGAUGUAAAUCAAAGCGCAUUACUUUGCCGCCUUUAUAUUUAAUAUAACGUUUAAUAUAGCGUUUAAUCGUUUUAAGGUAAUAAAAGAGUAUUUGUUCAUAUAAGUCUCGCGUUUUGCUCUUCUGUCGCAUUCUUCGUUCGUCCUCCUUUCGUAACGCUGACUCGGCAAAUUGCAAAUCUUAUUAAAUGUACUUGAACGCAUACGGAUUCGUUUUUAUAUGUUUUCCUACGUAAGUAUCAUUACAGAUGACUCAUGCAAACGCUAUGCGAAGUACUAUUGGCACGCUUAAGACAAUAAAUCUGAGAUAAUCAUGAUAAUAACUUUCAGUUAUAAUUAUGUUUUACAAAUAUCCCGAUCAUUUUUUUUAAACCCAUUUUACGAUUUGAGGAU